AUGAUCUUCAAAAAUAUUUCAAAUAUGUUCUCUGCUGUUAAUAACAAUAAUAAAUAUAAUAACAAAAAUAAUAAUUUUAUUAAUAUAUCAAAAAACACUGAUUAUACAAUAAAUAUUAAAAUGGAUCGUGGAAAUCCUAAAUAUACUCCAGUACAACCAAAUAAUAUAUAA